AUGUCCUCGCGCAAGAAGCUCUUGAAGGUCAUUAUCCUUGGCGAUAGCGGUGUCGGCAAGACCAGUUUGAUGAACCAAUAUGUCAACAAGAAGUUCAGCGCUAGUUACAAAGCCACCAUCGGCGCAGACUUUCUCACAAAAGAGGUUCUGGUCGAUGACCGACUAGUCACCAUGCAGCUCUGGGAUACUGCUGGUCAGGAGAGAUUCCAAUCGCUCGGUGUUGCCUUCUACCGUGGUGCCGACUGCUGCGUGCUCGUCUACGACGUCAACAACUCAAAGAGUUUCGACACCCUCGACAGCUGGAGAGACGAAUUCCUUAUCCAAGCCAGCCCUAUGGACCCCGAGAGCUUCCCCUUUGUAAGUCGUGCCACUGUGAGCAAGACUCGGUCGAGAGCAAGGCUAACAGAUAGCAGGNUCGUGCUCGGCAACAAGGUGGAUGUGGAGGAGAGCAAGCGCAUGGUUCNNGUCUCAUCGAAACGUGCCAUGGCAUUCUGUCAAUCCAAGGGUGGCAUCCCAUACUUCGAGACCAGUGCCAAGGAGGCCAUCAAUGUUGAGCAAGCCUUCGAAGAUGCUANNGUGAUUGCCCGCAAUGCUCUGGCCCAAGAGGAGAGCGGCGAUUUCAACGCAGACUACCCCGAAACGAUCCCCAUCAACCUCGACAACGAGCGUGACGGCUGUGCUUGUUAA